UUAACCACUAGUUUGGGGAGUCUCUGCUCUCCCUUCUGCAACCUACCCUGACCUUGGCAUUUUCAGUGAGGGCAGCCCCGGGCACCCUGGGUCAUAGGGGCGUGUGAGGGAGUUGUGAAGAAGGCCUGUAAUCUGAUAUUUGGACAAAAGAAGGCGGAGCCAUGUCCAGGAAGAGCUGAGGAACCCCAUAUUAACCCAGGUCGGGAACAGCCAGGCAGUUGAACAUCUGCAAACUCAGAGACAAAAUGGACCAGAGCCGCACUAAGAAAGAAGAUUUGGAGAAACUUUUGGAUCCGAAAGAGUUUUUGAAAACGUAUUAUUCCUUUGACUCCACAAGCAGUGAAAAAAAUGAUAUUUUGAUGUUUUUUCUGAGAAUCUUCUUUAAGACCUUCAUUUUGGAUGGCGUUAAAGGCAACACCUUGAUUCGAAUUGGCGGUAUGCCCAGCAUUCUCGAACUCCUUUCUGCCUGUGAGUCCUUCAAGGAGAUCAUCGUCACACAGAACACGGAUCGGAACUGCCAGGAACUGCAGAAAUGGCUAAAGAAAGAGCCGGGAGCGUUUAACUGGACUCCACUGGUGAAAUACGUGUGUGAGCUGGAAGGGGACAGGUACGGGGAGGAGACCUAGUUCUGUUACAAUUCACCUAAAGAAAAUAUGUAAAAAUCCCUUUUAAUUUGUGGAUCUUCCUUCUCUGGGGUGCUUUUUUCCUAAUAAUUGUUAUGUAUU